AUGACCUUCACAUCAGUCGUCCACCUCAUCCAACAUUGCCCGCGCUUGCACACUGUUCAAAUGACCUUUUGCGCAACUCCGGUCGACUACGACAACGAUCCGUUCUUUUUUAAAACCGUUCCCAAUGAAAAGAUCACUACCCUUUCUGUGGGGAUGUCUCCGAUCAGCGAUCCCUGCGCCAUGGGCUCUAUACUGCUUCGAUUGCUGCCCAAGUUGGGGCAUGUUGAUUUCUUCGGCUGGUCUAAUGAUGACACACCCGUGCCACCGCCAUUUCAAGUUGAACAUCUCGAGGAUGGAUGGGAUGUUGUAAAUGAGAUCCUGGCGGAUAAUGAUCACCGCGAAUUGAAAUAA